AUGCCGUCUUCGAUCAAGAGUGUCUUGCGUCGUCUCGAAGUCAAGCAUGACGGAGAGGUCUACUCUGACCGACCGCCCACCAGAUGGGGCAACCGAGAUGUCUUCCCUGUGCCUCUGGAGCAACGUCGCUACACGGUCAUCUCCUACGUCUCGUACUGGUCCAUAGCCUCGUUGAGUGUCACCUCUUGGGCCUAUGGCGGCAGUGUCAUUGCCCUUGGCUUGAGCGCCGGAGAGGGGAUUGCCUGUUCCGUGAUCGGAUCCCUCUUCGUCGGCCUUUUUGCUUUCCUCUGUGGCCAUCCAGGGGCAAGUAUGCACGUAGGAUUUACCGCGCUGGCGAGAGUGACAUUCGGACUAUACGGUUCAUACAUCCCAGUGCUCCUUCUGGUGUUUGAAAAUGUCAUCUUUUUCGGUAUCCAUGCGUACUUUGGAGGCCUAGCGGUGACUAUUGUUCUCAAUGCCCUUUCAUCGAGCUUUAUGCAUUGGAAGAAUACACUUCCAGAAAGUGCCGGCGGUGUCACCUCUCAAGGGCUGAUCGGUUUCGUCAUUUACUUUGUCGUCUUCUUUCUCUUGUUGUUGAUCCACCCGUCCAAGCUCCGAAACCUGGUGUGGCCCGCUGCCAUCACCAUCGCAGUUGUUUUCCUGGGCCUUCUCGGCUGGGCCAUCAGUGCCAAUGGCGGGACAGUUGGAAACCUGCUGGCUGGAAAGAUCCAUCUCUCGUCGACCAACAAAUCCUUCGCGAUGCUCUACGCCAUAUCAAGCGCCGCAGGGUCGGCCACGGCCUUCUCUAGCCGUGUCUCGGACUGGACGCGAUUCGCCGUGACCAAGCAUUCAGCUACAGUGCCCAUGCUGGUCUUCGCGCCAAUUUUCGGCUGCAUCGGCCCCAUCUUUGGUAUUCUUGCCACGAGCGCUGUUUACUCCAGGUAUCAGGCGGUCGAGUGGAAUCCACUUGGCUUGCUUCUUUAUGUGCAAGCCACUCAGUACACUGCUGGGUGCAGAGCAGCCACCUUCUUUGCGGGCUUGGGACUUUUUUGUGCGAGUCUCAUGAACAAUCUUAUGGGCAAAAUCAGCUGCGCCGGGAUGGACUGUGCAGGGUUGUUCCCCAAAUACAUCACAACUCGGCGCGGCAGCUAUAUACUUACGGUCAUCGGCAUCCUUAUUCAGCCUUGGAGACUCGUGAAUGGGUCAAGCACCUUCUUGACGGUUCUGGCGUCGUUUGGGGUCUUCGUCGCCCCAAUGACUGGCAUCUUGGCUGCCGACUACUGGAUUGUCCGGAGACGCAAGUGGGUGAUGCACGACAUCUACAGACAAGACGGCAUUUAUUGGUACACGUUUGGUGUCAACUGGAGGGCCUACGUCGCCUUCAUCAUGAGCUUCGUCUUUGACUUGCCCGGCUUUGCUGCCUCGGUCAACAAGACUUCGAUUGCACCGGGCUGGACUCGGAUGUAUGACAUGUCCUACAUUGUCAAUCUGGCCAUAGCGGUCUUGAUCUUCUGCUGCCUUUCGUUCGCCUUUCCUCCAAAGGGACUGGGUGUUGCGGAGGGAUGGGACGACGGGUCUGUUGUGGGAGAAAACAAAGUGACGGACCCGACGGUGGCUGUGGAACAGGAAAAGGAGGAGCGCGUCUACGAGGUCGAAUGCCUGCCGCCGGCACCGGCGAACUAA